AUGGCUGAUCUUCCGGAAGAUAGGGUAAACUCAUCUUAUGCAUUUAUGGUCACAGGCGUCGAUUAUUGUGGACCAUUCCAUUAUAAAAACGAAAUACGCAACAAGCAACCCAUAAAAUGUUACAUUUGCAUAUUCAUAUGCUUUGCCACGAAAGCUGUGCACCUGGAGCUCGUAGCAGACUUAUCAACGAAGGCAUUCUUAAAUGCACUAAAGCGGUUCAUCCUAACGCGUUGUCGCCCCACUCGUAUAUGGUCGGACAACGCAACCAACUUUGUCGGCGCUAAGAAUGAGAUGGCAGAAUUAAAACGUUUAUUCCUGAGCGAUAAUCAUGUGCAAGCAGUUCAUGAAUUUUGUCUAGCUAAUACCAUAGAAUGGCAUUUCAUUCCACCUCGCUCUCCACACUUUGGUGGGCUUUGGGAAGCGGCCGUUAAAACUGCGAAAUAUCAUUUUCAUCGCUCGGUGGGCUCGUCAUUAUUAAACUUCGAUGAACUGCGCACACUUAUUUGCCACAUAGCGGCAAUUAUUAACUCAAGACCUUUGUUUCCACUUUCAGACAAUCCGGCUGAUUUAGACGUUCUAACUCCAGCUCACUUCAUUGGCACUGCUCCUAUCUCUACUUACGUUGAACCAGAUGUCACGAAGAUUAACUUUAAUCGUUUGGAUCAAUGGCAGCGCGUAUCAUACUACCAGCAGAUAUUUUGGGCACGUUGGCAUGAGGAGUACUUAACUACCUUGCAGCAGCGCUCAAAGUGGCGCACACAGAAUUUCGAACUCUGCGUCAACGACAUAGUUUUAGUAAAGGACGAAAAUCUGCCUCCUCUCAAGUGGCCCCUAGCAAGAGUCACCGAACUAAUAUAUGGAUCAGAUCGUGUGGCACGUGUCGCUGUACUAAAAACUGCAAAUGGAGUCAUCCGAAGAGCCAUCCGAAAGCUAUGCCCAUUGCCAAGACAGGGAGGUUGA